AUGGCUUCUCCCCGCUGUUAUCGCUGUAAAGUUCGGUCUCUGGAGUGUCAAUACCACCAUAUAUCGACCAUCAAUCCACAACCUGAUUCAGAACUCAAAUCUGAUCCGCAAAUUUUGGCGAACCCUGUCGACAUCGAUGAGCCAUCUGUAGAUAGUUCUCUUUCGCAAAUCGCGUCGAAUGGUGACCUUUCUCUCCAAGAUCCACAGAUAAACAUCACACUCCCAGCUUUCCCCGACUAUAAUCUCGACUGGCAGGAUAUAAUGGGAAGCAUCCAGGACUUCUCGGUGCCUGAUCAAAUAGGUAUCAUUGAAUCCCCCAGCAAAAGUGUGCUGGCAGGUGAAAUCUACCAAGAACGAAUUGUUUACUCUGUUGAACGACUGAAGUCUAUGCCAAGGCUUUUCGCUAUCGAAGGUCAAACGCCUUUUAUACACAAAAAUCUAUAUGAGAUACAUCCACCUUGCGCUAUCACGGAUGCUCUAGCCGCUUGCGCGCUAUAUACUCAGAAAAAUGAGGCGAAUCAGGGGCUUGUCUAUCGUAGUCUCAGUCAACAGGCGGACCGCCUAGUGAAAAACUAUGCGAGUUUCUCUGCAAUAGAGCAGCUCGCCUCUGUGCAAGCCAUGGCUCUUUUACAAAUCAUUCGGUUUUUUGAUGGAGAUAUCCGUCAGCGAGCUGAUGCCGAAAAGAUUGAACCUCUUUUCGUUGAGUGGAUACGCCAUCUGCAGAAUCGAUUACAGCAACUCGGGGACAGUGAAAGUGACAGCAGUGGAAAUACCAUGCGGCUGGAUUUGAGUCAAACGGCAGAUACGUGGCAAAACUGGCUAUAUAUGGAAAGCCUCCGCCGAACCAUCAUUGUGGGAUAUACUUUGCAGGGGCUUUAUUGCUUUCUCAAGAACGGAUGGGACGAAUCGCAUCAUGAGUUCAAUAGUCUAUCUUUUUAUGCGCAAAAAGCACUGUGGAGUGCAACAUCAGAGUUCCAGUGGAAGUUGUCUUUGAAGGAAUAUCUCGCUCUCCCGAUUCGAUUCAAUCAAUGGGAUGCAGAUAUAUCAAAUGUCACGCCAAUGGAUAUUGAUGAGCUUGGUAUGAUAAUGAUGGCUUUAGUCAAAGGCGUUGACUACUGUUCUCAGUGGGCUGGGGUCAGUUUUGUUGAGACAUUUGGCCUGGUGUCAUAA